AUGGUGCAACUGGAGCAGGGCGCAAAGGUCGAAUCGCACGGCGCAACGGAAAUUUUACAAUUAUCAUCCGACGAUACGCUCGAAAAUGCACCGGGCACAACCACAGAGAAAACAGAAUGCGAUGAACCAUGGAAAUGGGGGGAUGAUCCGAGCAAUCCAUAUAACUGGCCGACAGGUCAAAAGGUCCUACAAGUGAUGAUGAUUGGUUGGGCGGCUUUCACAACAACUGUUGGAGUAUCUAUAUUAUCACCCGCUCACUCGCAGUUUAUGGAAGAAUUUGGGGUCGGCAGUACGGUCGCUAUCUUACCCUUGUCACUCUACGUCUUUGCCUUGGCCCUUGGUCCCAUCAUUGGAGGACCCCUUUCUGAAACUGUUGGGCGAUACCCGGUCUACAUAGGGUCGAUUGGGCUGGGCACUUCAUUUACUCUAGGCGUAGGGUUUUCUCCCACGUUUUCUGGACUGUGUGUUUUGCGUUUCUUGGCUGGUUUCUGCUACGCACCGACUCUGGCGAUUGCAGCGGGAACUCUCAAUGAGACGUUUGAGCCUGUUCAACGUGCCCUCCCCUCAGCUAUCUUUAUCCUUACACCUUUCUUGGGUCCUGGUCUAGGGCCUGUCAUUGGAAGCUUCGUUGUCAAUCGGAAAGGCUGGCGUUGGACACAGUGGACAACAAUAUUCUUUGCCAUCCUCACUGGUAUCACAAUUCUCAUUGCCAAAGAGACGUUUCACCCUAUCAUCAAACGUCGUCGGGCCAAGGAACUCGGACUCGAACUUCCCCCAUCAUCUCCUCUGUCUUCAAAGCUACGCCUAUUCUUGACCAUUUCUCUCUUCCGCCCUAUCAGCAUGCUCUUAACGGAACCCAUCGUUGGCUUCAUCUGCCUUUACAUUGCUUGCGAAUUUGCGACACUCUUCUCUUUCUUCGCAGCCUUCCCAUUGAUCUUUCAAGGUAUCUAUCAUUUUAAUAUCGAGGAGUCUGGCCUGGUGUUCUUGACCAUUGUGGUUGGAUGCCUACUAGGAACAGUGACGGUCAUCUUAUGCAACUUCUUUCUUUACCUCCCCAAAGCCUCGAAGCAUCCAGACGGGCAUGUACCACCCGAAUACCGCCUCUAUCCAGCACUCAUAGGUAGUGUUGGACUGCCGAUCGGUUUGUUCUGGUUUGCAUGGACUUCAAGAGCUGAUAUCUCCUGGGCAAGUCCUGUCGUUGCAAUAAUUGUCUUUGCAUGGGGAAAUCUAUGUGUCUUCGUCAGCACAACGCAGUACCUCGUUGAUACUUAUCAUGGUCUCACUGUUGCAAGUGCCAUGAGCGCCAAUGGUUUGGCACGUUAUGGACUGGGGGCUGUGUUCCCUCUGUUUACCGUCCAAAUGUACACCAAGCUCGGUGCAGGUCCAUUCAGCUGCAUCGCGUUCCACGCCUUGACGACGUCCCCUGUCUUCGCAACGUGUGACAUUGACUAUGUCCCUGUCUCCCUGCGAGACUUAUUUCAGCUAUGCCAAAACACGCCUCCUAUUGCAGUCAAGAACAAGUUUCAAUGGAUCAACCGAGAGCGUAUCUACUGGGCUCGUCGUUUCCAGGUUCCCAUGUCUGAAGCCAUCCCAAAAGGAUUUCCCGCAUCCACCGCGGACGUUCAACUCGCACUCUGCCUUCUAGCUACAGAAUACCCCGAUAAGCUAGUUCCCAUCGUGGAAAGGAUCUCUCGCGGGUUCUGGGAAGAGGGAAACUCGGGUGUCCUCACUCAACCCGGUUUUUCUGCUAUUUUUGAGAGCGAGCUUGGCGCCGAAAAUGCCAAGCGGAUUUUGAAUGAGUUCAAAGGUGCUGCGGCACAAGCGAUCCUUGGUAGACGCACACAGGAGGCGUUUACCUCGGGCGCCUUUGGUUUGCCUUGGUUUGAUUGCGUAGACGCUCAGGGAGUCAAGGAAAGCUUCUGGGGGAUCGAUCAUUUGGGACGUCUGGUGGACUUUCUGCAACUGGACGCCAGCCUAGACAACUCUUUCCGCGUAUUACUAUGA